AGAAAAAGGAGAAGUCCAAAAGAGGCAAAAGGAAUCGGCAUCGGGAUUCAUUCACAGCAUCGGGCAUGGUAUCAAUCACAAUAAUCAGCGCCACCCAGCUUCUACCUCCGUUUCCAUUUUCCAUUUUUUUAUUCUAAUUCCCAUUCUUUCCAAUUCUCACUCUUCAAGAAACGAAUCAUCCUUUUCUCUCUCUCUCUCUUUCUCGAUCUAACCUAACCCAAUUCACUGCCACUCUCAACCCAUAAUCAACCAGAGCAGAGACCAGAAGCUGAGAGCUGCAUAGAGAUCCAUGAUACUCCUUCAGUCCCAUUCAAGGUUCCUCCUUCAAACCUUAUUGAAUCGCCUUCAGAAUCUUGAAAAGGGUAUUGAACUGGAUCACCACUGGGUUGAAUUUGAUGAUGUUCGAUAUCAUGUUCAGGUGUCAACAAAGAAUCCUCAUGUUUUGUUGCUUUCAGUAUCAUUACCUCCCCCAUCUUCAGAGACAAUUUUUGUCAAUGGACUUCCUUUUGGAGCCAUAGACGCAAUAAAAGCUGCAUACGGAGCUACUGUACAAAUUAAAGAUCCUCCAAGGGAUGGGUUUAACCUAACAUUGAAAAUAAAUCUGUCAAAGCUUCCUGCAAAUCAAGAUCAAAGGCAAUCCUUUUUGGUGAAAAUUGCAUCAGUGAGGGAGGUUGUCCUUGGUGCACCAUUGAGAGUAAUUUUAAAACAUCUUGCUUCAAGAACUGUUGCUCCAGACAUUGAUCCACUUGUCGCCCUUGUGCAUCGGCCAAGGGAGUCAUUUUUUCUUGUUCCGAAGGCUGAUAAGGUGACUGUGGUGUAUCCUAUGAGAUUCAACGACUCAAUAGACACUGUCCUUGCAACUUCAUUCUUGCAGGAAUUUGUUGAAGCCAGACGUACAGCUGGGCUUCAUAAUACACCUCCAUGCUCGUGGUCUCUUACUCCUCCGCAGGAACUGAAAGAAGUUUCUGCUGAUGCAUUAUUGGCUAAUGCAGGAUUUGUAACAUUUGUUAUCUUCCCUCGUCAUGUUGAAGGCCCGAAACUGGAUCGUACAGUAUGGAAUCUAUCGACUUUUCACGCAUAUGUUAGCUAUCAUGUUAAGUGUUCAGAAGGAUUUAUGCAUACACGGAUGCGGCGUCGAGUGGAAUCCUUGAUUCAGGCUUUGGAUCGUGCCAGACCAGAUCUCGAAAAGAAAACAGCAAUGAACAGAUCCUUCAAACGGCUGGGCCUCAAAAAGGAGUCAAGAAACAGUUCAUUCUCAUAAGGUGGAGAAGAUGGUUGAGAAAGUACAGAUAUUCUGCUUCCAGUGGAGAAGAAAGUGCAUAUAUGUUCCUUUGGACCAUACAAUCAGCCAACCAAGGAAUUGUGGCGGCAUGUUUCAGUGUCUGCAGAUUGCUGCAGAUUAUGAUUGUUAACUUGAAGAUUUGAUUCUUCUUUUGAACUUGACAUGCUCAGCAUCCAAGGAAAAAUUGCUGACCUAUUUUUGCUGACUGCUCCAGGUGCCUGUAAUUUUAUUCAUGAUAGGAACGAAAGAGGAUACAAGAUAAAUGACCAACUGAAUUAGUUGUUAAAAUGUACAAUUGUUUAUCAACUGCAUGUGGUGUACUUUGUAGGUGUAUUUUGGGUUACAGAUCUAAAUAUCUUCCUUUUUGAGGCAUUCAUCUUGGUUUUUCUUUAAUUGUAAAGUAAUCUUUGGUAUUUUGAUGCAAGUUUAAACUUGCUAUUGAGAUAACAUGGAUAACCUUUUUGUUUUAGCCAUUAAAGGUAUUUUAAACUACAUGCAUGACUGUGUAGCAUCUAUA